ACACGAAACUUCAGAAACGAUACUCAGUGUGGUCAAGUCAUUGCGUGCAGGUUGCGUUGUGGUCACUAAUAGUGUAUGAUUGAAGUUUAAUUUUCACGUGCAAAUAAGAGUAUCGUGAUAAUUAGUGCAGAUAUUAUUUUCAUGUUGAGUAGGUCUGUUUAUUUGCACUGCCACGAGUGACGGUAAAAGUAGCAAUAAUAGUGCUGGUGUUCAAAAAAUUGCUAGCGAAACCCUGCUGCUUGUUUUGAUUGAAAACUGUAUCUAUACUUCUGGACAGAUACUUCUGAAAUAUGGCCGAUACAACUAGCACAAGCACUUCAACGCAACCGCAGGUUAAAGGUUGGGCAACGCUGAAGAAACGUCUGAUUGAAGAGAAAGUUGAAGUUGCUUUAUGGGCAACGAGAAUAUUCACAAUAUUUUUCACUUUUGGGUAUUUCGUCCCUAUCUUCGGAAACGCCUAUAAUGCAUACUAUAAAGCACUGAUGUCCAAUGCUGCAACAAGUGCACUGCGACUACAUCAGAGAAUUCCUCGAGUUUCAUUCUCUAAAGAGUUCCUUCAGCAAUUGUUAUCAGAAGAUAGCUGCCACUAUUUGUUGUACUCUCUUAUAUUUCUAUAUGUAGCUCCAGUUGGCUUGAUUCUGUUGCCAGUGUUUUUAUUCGCAGUGCUUCAGUUCUCACGAUACUCUCUGAUUUUGUUGGAUGAUUUGGGACAGAACUCAUGGUGGGCAGCUAGGCUGCUUAUCUCACUCGUCGAGUUCCAGACAUACAAUAUUCUGAGGCUGGUCGCCUUUGUGGAGAUUGUCCUGAUGCCAAUUGCCGUUUUGUUAAUACUUGUUGGGAAAGCAGGUCUCAUCACACCAUUUGUUUAUUACCAUUUCCUGCAAUUACGCUACACGUCCCGCCGUAAUCGAUAUACCAGGACAAUGUUCUACGAGUUGCGGGUCCUGCUAGAGCACACGGCGAACAAGCCAAGUGUACCUGGAUUUGUACGAUCUGCCCUACGUACGAUUGUCGCCUUUACUCUGAGGCUCGCACCACAGCUACCACCAGGACAGCAGUGAACUUAUUGUAAUAUGUUUGUCAAAAAAGAAAAACUGAUGAGAAGGGAAAAAGACAAAAAAAGAAAGACAUGGGGGAAAUGUCUUCACAUUGGUUAUUUGAAUUAUGUAAUGUUUGUGGAAUAAAUAUGACACUACUUUUAAGGUUAUGGAAAGGUUUUUCUGUUACUAACUUUUCCUCACAUGUUGUUGCAAUGUGGUGCACUUUUGUGUACAGUUUGGAUUCCACAUGUGUGUAAUGUUCAGGUACACAUUUCCAAUUUCCAGACAAUUUUACACCUAUGACUAUUAGAGAACGGUUAGGUUACUAUAGGAGUUGUGUAUGUCCUCUGAGCACAUCACGAUUGUUUUUAGGGAAGAUCAUUGUGUGUAAUGAAUGAAUUUUUCAUUUGCAUAAUCAGUGAGUGUGCAUUUUGAAAGAUAGGCACUUUUUUAUCAAAUCUAGUUAAAAGAAUGAAGUACAUAGUACACAGCAUGAUGAUAUAUUUUUGUAUAUGUAUCCGUUAUUGUUGUAUUUUUUUUAUGGAACUUAAGUUAGGUUAAGGUGGAGAGUAAUUCAGCUGUUCUUUUUCCACUCCUGUUAAUGUUACAGGUAUAAUCCAGGUAGUAACAAACAUUUGGCUAUAAUAAAUUCAAUAAAUAUUUUCUCUUAAGGAAACAUGUCACUUGCAAAAUUGAACCUUGCUUCAUUCAUCUUCAUAACCACCUCUAUUAUUUGAUCAUUUGUCAUAUCUGUACAUGAGUUUUAGAAUUCCGGUGUCUUAGUUGGCUUUUACCCGCUCAUUAAUCAAGUUGUUCAGUGUGCGUUUACCUUGGCAUCACCAGAAGAAUCUUUCCCACCCAGGAACUCUUUUGAGCUUCAUGAAGAUGUGUGUCACAAGAUUUUGUUCGUCAGUUGGUUCUUCAAAUCAUCUGCAGUUAAUUACAGACACCUAGGUCAAGUUUCAUCACGCACAUUUAUUUGUCCAUUGCUGAACAUUUCAUAUCACUUUCAUACUUAUCUUGUUAUGACUGCACCACCGUAUGCUUCUUUUAGUUGACAAUAAACUUGUCCAGGUUUCAUAUUUUGAGCAUUCAAAAAUCAAAUAAUAUCUCUGGCCUCACAGUUGGUGGGACUUUCUACCACUCAUUGCACAGUAGCAACUUGUUUUGAAUGGUACUUACACAACAGAGCUAAGAUGAGGAAAUAAUUCGAUCUCAGAUAGAAGUCCGAUAUCAGUCUGCGCAACAGGUAUGCGCAGUAGGUGACUAUUCCUGGAUUACCUGUAUAUUUGCUGUAGAUUUUGUUUUGCAGUAUUAUUUUCUCUUAUUAAAAGCAUUUAUUGUAUACUAGUGCAAACAGAUAAAUGUAAAAAACUUUGUUUAAUGUAGGUAACAGUGGAUUUUGUUUGUUGAGCAUUGUUUCACUUAAUUGUGUGCAUUUUAUGUGACUGAUAAUCUACAGGAUAUGAUACCAAAAAAUAUAAAGUUACGAAAUCUAUCACUGAAAUGAAAUUAAUGAAACAUAAUGGCAGCUGCUUAGAAAAUCAUUGUGUGUUCAUUACGUCAAUCAGAACCAGUUAUGACAGUAUUAUACUGGGAAUUGCAUGGAAUUGUUGUUUCCUGCAACAGAGUUUUUGCUACUAUGCAGUUUGUAUUACUGUUGCUCAUUGGACAAUUAAUGAUAUUUCAUCACAGGGAAUGAGAAACAUUUUACAAAACAACUGUUUAAGAAAUUUUCAUGUUCCACUUUUUAUAAAAACACGUUUGUCUUUUGUGCAUAUGACAGACACUUCAAUAAACUGUUUAAUUGUAA